AUGGAUUCCUCGUCUAUUGUUAGUUUCAACAAUGAUUCUUCGAAUUCUACUUUCCAAACUACUUUAAAAGGUGAUUACAAUAAUAUUAGCGUGCAUGAAUUGGCUCUACAUGCAAUGCGAGAUCGUUGUUUAUUGCUUCAAAGAAGAAUAAAUGCAUUAGAGACAGAUAACAUGAGAUUAAAACUUGAUGUUGUGAAGGCAAACGAAUGCUCCCCUUACAUUCCAUUAAAAGAAGAUGAGAAACUUACACUCCAUCAGAAAAUAGCCGAACUGAACAAGCAAAAGUCCAAAUUGAUGCAUCAUGUAUUUAUGGUUCAAUGUGAAAAUAAAAACUUAUGGAACAAAAUAGCUACAUUAAAAGGGCCGGAUAAGUCCACUAGUAAGGGCUACAACAAACAACCUUUACUUCGCACAAACACAUACAUUCACAGUACUCCAAAAAAUAGUACAACUUAUGAAGAAAAAUAUUCAGAGUCCAGUUUAGAGGAAAUUUCCCUAAAGUUAAUUAACAGCUACAUUCAAGAAAAGUCACAAUUAGUUGAGCAAUAUGAACAGAUGGCACAAUUACAAGAUAUAGAUGAUGAAAUAUUGAAUUUAGACUCAAUUGGUUUCAAUUAUAUAGAAGAUCCAGCCACAGAUUCACUAAAAGAUAUCCGAUGCCAAACUGAAAAGCUGCACAGUUUGAGGAAAGAAGUAGCUCAACAAGAAUCUGAUCUUAAAUUAAUUAUAUCUAGAGUUGAAGCUGUGUUACAAGAAGGAUACAGGUGUCCCACAUGCAUAGCUAACAAUGCUAAAGUAACAACAUCGGAGCAUAAAGAAAUAGAGACAAGUGACAGUCUGGCUAACUGGGCAACCCCCGCAGACUCCAGCACUUACAAUAACAACUACAGUGAACUAAACACAUCUGCAUAUAAGAAAAGCAUUCUAGAAGAUAGCGAAAAAGAGAUGUUAGGUGAAUCCUGUGAUAAAAUCUGUCCAAUGUGCGGACAGAUGUUCCAAAAAGAUAUAGCUUUUACAGACUUUCAAUCUCAUGUUGAAAGUCAUUUUAUAGGUGAAAAUGAGCCUGAUUCUAUUAGUGAUCAAUUUGAAAAUGUUCCUAAUUCUUUUGAUAAUACUAUUUAGCCUUUUUAAGAAAUGUUAAUUUAUUUUUAUAUUAAGGACCUGGAAAUAAGUUAAUUUCACAUAUGCAAUCCAGUCAAACUAAAACAUAAAAGGUUUUUUGAAAUUAAUCAAAUUUAUGAAUCUGUCCCAUUGUAAUCAGGGGAAUUAUAAUCAGUUUUGUCAUUUACCAUUCCAUACUGAAUCACCAUAACCAUAUUUUGAUUCAAAUUAGAUUGAUCAAUUUUAUUUUUAAUAAAUGGUCUACAUCCUAAACCAUGAUUUAUAAGGAGAAUUUAAGUAAAAAUGUAUACAUAGUGAGAUGUUUUGCUAAACAUUGUAUGAGCACCUCUCAAACACUUCUUGAACGGAUAAAUAAUAUAAAUGAAUAGCCUUCUAACUUUAAUUAUUAAUGUAAGUAGUAGUAUAAGAUAAUACAAAUUUCAGUUUCCAAGCACUUCUACAAUUCCUAUGAUUUUUGUAUUUGUAAAAAUAAAAUAUCUAUUUACUGAUAUGUUAGCUUGUAUUAUGUUUAUUCAUUUGAUGUACAUAUCAACUUGUAGAGCAUCCAGAUAACUUUAUUAUAAUAAACUUAAAAGAAAACAUUA